GGGAGGCUGAAGGUGCUGGAAGGCGGUGGUAGUUGUGGUGGCAGCAGCUUCGUGUCUUUCAUGUUUGAUAGGAGACGGAGGGGACUGUCAGGUGUGAGGAGUGGACACACCACAGCGAGAUCGAGUUGACCUUAUUGUAAACGUUGCGUAUUCACCUGUUUUGCUUAAAUUCAGAAGAUAAAUACUUAAAAACCGUCAAGAUGAGCGCGAUGUUGGAAACAACCGAAAUGCCUGCCGUCUUUGACGGAAUGAAAUUGGCUGCUGUAGCAGCUGCUCUAUAUAUUAUUGUACGCUGCUUGAAUCUCAAGAGUCCUACGGCACCACCAGAUAUCCUUUAUCAAGACUCGCCAUUGACUCACUUUCUGCUUAAAUCCUGCCCUUUGCUGACCAAAGAGUACAUUCCACCUCUGAUCUGGGGCAAAAGUGGACAUAUCCAAACGGCUCUAUAUGGAAAAAUGGGUCGGGUGAGCUCACCGCAUCCAUGUGGACUUCGCAAGUACCUUACCAUGCCUGAUGGAGCUACUGCAACAUUUGACCUCUUUGAGCCAUUGGCAGAACACUGCACUGGAGAUAAUGUCACCAUGGUAAUUUGUCCUGGAAUCGCCAAUCACAGUGAGAAGCAGUAUAUUCGUACAUUUGUUGAUUACGCUCAGAAAAGUGGCUACAGAUGUGCAGUGCUAAAUCACCUUGGAGCUUUGCCAAAUAUUGAAUUGACCUCUCCACGCAUGUUCACUUAUGGCUGCACUUGGGAAUUUGGCGCAAUGGUCAACUUUAUUAGGAAGACCUUCCCUCAGAGCAAGUUGAUUGUGGUAGGAUUCAGCCUUGGAGGCAACAUUGUAUGUAAAUACCUUGGAGAAACUGCAGCCAAUCAGGAGAGAGUAAUCUGCGCUGUUAGUGUUUGCCAAGGAUAUAGUGCUUCCCGGGCACAGGAAACCUUUAUGCAGUGGGAUCAAUGCCGAAGGUUUUACAACUUCCUCAUGGCAGACAACAUGAAGAAAAUCAUCCUUUCACAUAGACAAGCUCUCUUUGGUGACAACAACAAAAACAAUCAAGUUUUUGAAGACUCCGUGUUGAGUCGACUUUAUACAGCAACAUCUCUCAUGCAGAUUGAUGACGUUGUAAUGAGAAAAUUCCAUGGUUACCAGUCCCUCAAGGAGUAUUAUGAAGCAGAAAGCUGUGUUCGUUAUCUAGCCAAUAUCCAUGUUCCCCUCAUGCUGGUUAACGCAGUGGAUGAUCCACUAGUGCACGAAAGUUUGUUAUCCAUUCCAAAGUCACUUGCUGGUAAGAAAGAAAAUGUCAUGGUGGUACUGCCUCUACACGGAGGGCACCUGGGCUUCUUUGAAGGAGCUGUGCUUUUCCCAGAGCCAUUGACCUGGAUGGACAAACUUCUGGUGCAGUACGCUAAUGCCAUCUGUCAAUGGGGGAAGAACAAAUCUCAGUGUUCCCAUGUGGAACAAGCAGAAACUGAGGACAAGUAAAUUAAGCACUUUGGUCAUCUCCUCAAAGACUCUUGCCUACAAAUCUUCCUCCUCCACACAGUUUCUUAAAAUGAGUUUUCUAGCUACUGUAUGUUGUAUAACUGGGUCUGCCUAUAUCAACUCUACAGUAGAUCUACCAGGGAAGAGGCCAUUUUUCCACUGUGAGCCUUUUCAGUUCAUGUAUUUUUUCAUUUGUUUUUUUACUGCAGUGCUUUCUUAUAGACUACUAGAUUUAUGCUGUUUUCAGGAACUGCAGGUUUAUCACUUACAUUUCCAUAUAUAUUUUGUCAAAGUAUAUUGAAAUGUGCAGGUGUAAUCUAGUUUAGAGGGGGAAAAAAAUUCCUAAUUUUUGUGAGAAACCAUGAACUAUGCCAGUAAUUUUUCUGGGUGAGUCUUUGUACGUUAAAUGACCAUUUAUAUACAAGUAUGAGAUGCAUUAUCAUCACUCAUUGCACUAAAAGACCUUAGCACUUAUAUGCAGAAGGUUAUGUUUAAGUGAGAUUAGUUAAUUUCUGGUUUGGUAAGCAUUUUGUAGCGUCUUCUCUAUAGUUCUCAACAAACUGAAUUUAAAGGGACACCAAAACAAAUUUAGCUUAAUGACGCAGUUUUGUGUAUGUAUCAUGCCCCUGCAGUCCCCUUUUCAAUUAUUUGCUAUUUAGGAGUUAAAUCACUUAGUUGAUACAGCCCUAGCCACACCUCCCUGCAUGUGACUUACACCCUUCCUAAACACUUCCUGAUUGAAAGUGAAACCAUUUUUGAUGCAGGCUAUGAGUCACAGCCUAAGCUAAAGUAGUUUGCGUGCGUAUAAUAUCCCUUUAAGUAUUCAAAAACUAGAGGAGACGCACCAUAUGUUUUUGUUUGUUUGUUUUCAUCAUCUGUAUAACACAAAGGGAAUGACAAACAAUAGGUAAAACAGCACUUUUAGAAAUAUACAUUUCACAUACAAUUCAUGUUUUCCAAUGUUCCCCAAAACAUGUUUUCUGCUCUGUAUUAUUCCAGUGUUCACAAAAAUAUGUCUUCUGCUUUAUAUUUUGUUUCCCAAAGAGCGGGGUUGAAGUGGGGUGGGGGUUGUUUAAGGUGUAUACUUAAAGAGUUGGGCAGUCCUGGAUACUUAUGUUAUUACGUGACAAUAUGGAAGUUGAGCUUCAUCUUUUGACCAGCACUUCUCAAUCCAAUUCUGAAGUCACAUUUGUUGUUUUAAAUUUAGAUUGAGAUUUCUAAUUGAGCAUAAUUAGUUCUUAACUCAUAAACUGGUGUUGGUUGCUGAAUGUGAAAUUGAGACAUUCCUACCUUUGUUACUGCAAGUUACCAAGCAAUUAGAGUGGCGUGUCAGUGUUGUAAAUCCUAGCCACUGGUAGUGUGUGCAGGAUGUCUUUUUAAUAUGUUUUUUCCAGAAAAGUGGAAAUGCUCUUGGCUGGCAAUCUGUCCCGCUUUCUCCCAGGUCUUCUUGUGAUGGGAAUUAACAUCUUCCUUUUUGCCAGUGGUUUCCAAACACCUAGCUUAACACCAGUAUGAUAUACUUGGUAUCAGGAUCCAUAACAAAACUCCUGAAUUCUUAAGGAUGAAUGAGAGGAUGCUGUAGUGGAUAUGUUAGAAGUCAAACCUUUUGCUAAUGGUUUGACAAUUCACCUGGGGUCCAUCUCCUCAAUGAGAGCUGAACGCUCUCUGCAUUUAGCUAGGCCUGGCAGUGAAGGGCUUAGCUGAUUGGUUAAGAGCAAUCAGCUGGCCCUGCACAACAGAGUUUAGUAUAAGAAAGCUGCCAGAAGCUCCCUGCCAUUUUGUCCUAGUAUUACUGAAAGACCGCUCUUGAUAAGGGUGUAAAGUUCUUUAAUUGGCUUUUGCUGUAGAUCUAGAUAUCUUGUUGUGCAAGAAUUUCAAACCACAUUCAGAUGCUGCUCUCUUGAGCAGUAAC